AUGGUGGAUCGGCAAAAAGCGCUUCUAAUGGUGUUAAUAGCUCUCCUAAUUUAUCCAAAUGACAUUUUCGGGGCGAAUCACACACAUCACAUACAAGGCGGUGCUUUCCCACCCGAAUUCGCCGCCCCUAUCUUGAAUCUAACAGUGGCGUUAGGAAGGGACGCAACUUUUACGUGUCUGGUCAAACAUUUGGGAGGUUACAGGGUUGGCUGGCUAAAAGUGGAUAGUAAGGCAAUUCAGGCAAUCCACGAUCACGUAAUAACUCACAACAACAGAGUCUCGGUAUCUCAUAGUGAUCAUACCAUGUGGAAUCUUCAUAUAAAGAAUGUACAACAAGAAGACGAAGGACUCUAUAUGUGCCAGAUUAAUACAGAUCCAAUGAAAAGUCAAACAGGUAUGUUGUCAAUCGUCGUGCCACCAGACUUUAUUUCUGAAGAUACUUCGAGUGAUGUCAUGGUUCGAGAAGGAGGACAGGUGAAGUUAACGUGCCGUGCAAGAGGCGUGCCCCCACCGCGCUUAUCAUGGAAAAGAGAAGACGGGAAGAACAUUGUAAUUCGGAAGCCAUUUGCAGGAAGCGCCUUGAACCAGAAGUCUCAUGUGUCCGCAGUGAGCGAAUAUCAAGGCGAAGAGUUGAAACUGACAAAGAUUUCAAGAAAUGAGAUGGGAGUUUAUCUCUGUAUCGCGAGCAACGGUGUGCCACCAGCGGUCAGCAAACGUAUUUUUAUCAACGUUCAUUUCUCACCGGUAAUUCAUGUGCCUAAUCAACUGGUAGGUGCUCCUCUGAGUACAGAUGUGGUCUUGGAAUGUUUUGUCGAGGCUUCGCCUAAAUCGAUUAAUUAUUGGGUCAAGGAUAACGCGAUGAUAAUAUCGAGUCAACAACACGACGUGCAAGCAAUCAUGAAAUCACAGUUCGAGGUUCGAAUGAUGUUAACUAUUCGCAAUUUGCAAAAAACUGACGUAGGUAAUUAUAAGUGUGUGGCCAAAAAUUCUCUUGGUGAUGUUGAGAGCAGUAUUCGAUUGUAUGAGAUCUCGGGCCCAGCAAAAACGCAAACAGCAGCACGACCAUCCUUCUAUGACGAGGAGGAUGAGACCGUAUAUGGUUCAGCAGAGAUGGAGAAAAUGGAGAACAAACCUCUAUCCGUUGACAAUACGAUAAAUGGACACCAUGUUGGAUAUCCAUCGGUCGCCACACCAGUGCCAACUGUAAGAAUGGGUAAGAAGAGGCCAGCAAUCGCGAGUUCCAAAGCAGAAUAUCAUCUAGUUUCUAAUAUUCUCAUUGUUUUUGCGCUGAUUGUUCAUCAAAGAUGUCAGUGA